CAAGAUUUUUCACAUCUUCCCCUCAACGACUAAAGGCUAAAGAAAGUAGUCAUAUAAUGAAGAGCUUUCAUUUCCUUGUCUUAUUGUCUCUGGCAUUGGCUUUCUCUUUUGCCUCUGCCUUUGACCCUAGCCCUCUCCAGGACUUCUGUGUUGCCAUACCUGAACCUAAGAAUGCUGUGUUUGUCAAUGGGAAGUUCUGCAAGAACCCAAACCUUACCGUAGCUGAAGAUUUCUUUUUUCCGGGACUCAAUGUUCCUGGAAAUACAGGAAAUCGAGUUGGAUCCAAUGUCACCCUCGUGAAUGUUGAUAAACUAUUUGGACUUAAUACUCUUGGUAUUUCUCUCGCUCGGUUAGACUUUGCACCCAAUGGUGGCUUAAAUCCUCCUCACACCCAUCCUCGUGCCACAGAGAUCCUUGUAGUCGUGGAAGGCACCCUUUAUGUUGGCUUUGUGACAUCCAACCCUAAUCGCCUUUUCACUAAAGUCUUAUACCCAGGAGAUGUUUUUGUAUUUCCAAUUGGUCUCAUUCACUUCCAGUUUAAUAUUGCAAAGACCAAUGCAGUUGCCUUUGCUGGUCUAAGCAGCCAAAACCCAGGUGUCAUCACGAUAGCAAAUGCAAUCUUCGGGCCUAAUCCACCCAUUAAUCCUGAUGUUCUCGCUAAGGCCUUCCAAUUGAACAACGAUGAAGUGGUAAAACUUCAGAAACUGUUUGCCUAUGCAUAAAACAACCAUUUAAAUUAAGUCAGUGCUGCUCACUGUUUAAGAAUAAAGUUUAGCUAUGUUCGAUGCAGUGUCUCCAAUAAUUGAGCAAGCGUAUCCUAAUCAAAUAAAAUGAUGUAAUUUCUUGGUGUGCCUAUUCUAAUGACAUAAAGAGAUGUGUUCUUGUUCUGCCUUUCCAA